CGGGGCGCGGCGCUGAGAGCCGGCCGGGGCCGGGCCGGGGCCGGGGGCGCAGCGCCAUGGGGGGCCCCCGGGCCGCGCGGCCGCUGCUGCUUCUGCGCCCAGUCAAGCUGCUGCGGAGGCGCUUCCGGCUGCUGCUGCUGCUCGCCGUGGUGUCCGUGGGGCUCUGGACUCUUUAUCUGGAACUGGCGGCGUCGGCCCAGGUCGGCGGGAACCCCCUGAACCGGAGGUAUGGCAGCUGGAGAGAGCUGGCCAAGGCUCUGGCCAGCAGGAACAUUCCGGCUGUGGAUCCAAAUCUCCAGUUCUACCGUCCCCAGAGGCUGGACCUCAAGGACCACGACUCUGCGAUAGGUGGCGGUGGGAACAGCAGCUUCCUGAAGUGGAAUAAGCCGGUCCCCUGGCUGUCAGAGUUCCGGGGCCGCGUCAACCUGCACGUGUUUGAAGACUGGUGCGGCAGCUCCAUGCAGCAGCUGCGGAGGGACCUCCACUUCCCCCUGUACCCACACAUCCGCACGACCCUGAGGAAGCUGGCCGUGUCCCCCAAGUGGACCAACUAUGGCCUCCGCAUCUUUGGCUACCUGCACCCCUUCGCCGACGGGGAGGUCCAGUUUGCCAUCGCCGCCGACGACAACGCGGAAUUCUGGCUGAGCCGUGACGACCAGGUCUCAGGCCUGCAGCUGCUGGCCAGCGUCGGCAAGACUGGAAAAGAGUGGACUGCCCCUGGAGAGUUCGGGAAAUUUCGGAGUCAAAUAUCCAAGCCAGUGAGCCUGUCAGCCGCCCGCAGGUACUACUUCGAGGUGCUACACAAGCAGAACGACCAGGGCACCGACCACGUGGAAGUUGCGUGGCGACGGAAUGACCCCGGGGCCAAGUUCAGCAUCAUUGACUCCGCUUCCCUGUCCCUCUUCACAAACGAGACAGCCCUGAGGAUGGGUGAUGUGGACCACGUCCCGCAGUCAGCAGCCAGCCAUGCUGGCUCCCCAGACCCCCUUCCCAGCGAUGAGCAGCCCCUGGCCGACAUGCUGCAGCCCGACCCGCGGGACACCCUCUAUCGAGUGCCCCUGAUCCCCAAGUCCCAGCUCCGCCGCGUCCUGCCCGACUGUCCCUACAAGCCCAGCUACCUGGUGGACGGGCUUCGUCUGCAGCGCUACCAGGGACUCCGGUUUGUUCACCUGUCCUUUGUCUACCCCAAUGACUACACACGGCUGAGCCACAUGGAGACCCAUAAUAAGUGCUUCUACCAGGAGAACUCGUACUACCAGGACCGGCUCAACUUUCAGGACUACAUCAAGAUUGACCAGCCUCCGAAGCAAGGGCCAGAGCAGCGAGGCUCCGAGGAAGGGCUUCUAGAAGAAUCCCAGUACGGAGAAGCGGCAGAGGACACCCCUGCCCCUGACGGCCAGAACGCCAGGACACCGGAGGGGAAGCAAGGGCCCCCGACGGCCCCCGGGCAGGACGCCACCAGCCGCCGCCUCCGAAGCCUGCGGAGACUUCUGGCUUGGCCCCAGGAGGGCCUGGCGGUGCCCUCUCCCACGCGGAACUCCACAGCCCCCUUCCCAGCGAGGACCGGCGCCAUCCCGGCCCAGCCAGCAGAGAAGAAGGCCGGGAAGCCCAACCCCGAGCCCCACCAGGCUCCGCGGCAUCCUGACAAGCGGCCCCCGGGACACCCAGCAGGGCGCCCGCCUCCAGUGAAGAGGCCCAGACCCGCGGGUGGCAGCCCCGGGAAAACGCUGGGGCAGUCCCAGUGGCUGAAUCAAGUUGAGUCGUACAUUGCAAAGCAGAGAAGGGGUGACCGGAUGGAGCCUCUGGACCCCAGGAGGGCUUGGCCUAAGGAGGAGGAGGAAGCGUUGGCGGCAGCUGCCGGCCGGGAAGGACGAGCAGAGGGAGAGGACGAGGGGGAGGAAGAGGAGGAGGAGGAGGAUGUGAGUGAGGUGUUGGAAUACCUGUCCAUGUUGGACCCGGUGGUGAACUGGGACCAGACCUUCAGUGCCGGCAACCUCGACUUCCAAGCCCUGCGGACCGACUGGAUUGACCUCAGCUGUAACACGUCUGGCAACCUGCUGCUUCCCGAGCAGGAGGCGCUCGAGGUCACGCGGGUCUUCUUGAAGAAGCUUAACCAGCGCAGCCGGGGGAGGUACCAGCUGCGGCGCAUCGUGAACGUGGAGAAGCGUCAGGACCAUCUCCGCGGGGGCCGCUACCUGCUGGAGCUUGAGCUGCUGGAACGAGGCCAGCACCUGGUGCGGCUCUCGGAGUUCGUGUCCACGCGUGGCAGGCAGGGCGUCGCUGCCGCUGGUGGGGAGGAGGCCGAGGCCCGGAACCUGCAAGGCCUGGUGUGGAGCCCGCGCGACCGCCAGAGACAUGUCCUGAGUGCCCGGGCCCCGGAGUCCAAGCUGUGUUGGCCCCAGGGCUUCUCCUGGAACCACCACGCCGUGGUCCACUUCGUUGUGCCGGUGAAGAACCAGGCGCGCUGGGUGCAGCAAUUCAUCAGGGACAUGGAGGCCCUGCUCGGUGUCACCGGCGACCCGCACUUCAACGUCAUCAUCACCGACUACAGCAGCGAGGACAUGGACGUCGAGAUGGCCCUGAGAGGGUCCAGGCUGCGGAGCUACCAGUACAUGAAGCUACGUGGGAACUUCGAACGCUCAGCCGGGCUUCAGGCUGGCGUGGACCUGGUGAAGGACCCGCACAGCAUCAUCUUCCUCUGUGACCUGCACAUCCACUUCCCAGCUGGAAUCAUCGACACCAUCCGGAAGCACUGCGUGGAGGGCAAGAUGGCCUUCGCGCCCAUGGUCAUGAGGCUGCAGUGCGGGGCCACUCCCCGGUGGCCUGAGGGCUACUGGGAGGUGAAUGGAUUUGGGCUGCUCGGCAUCUACAAGUCAGACCUGGACAGGAUCGGGGGCAUGAACACCGAGGAGUUCCGGGACCGCUGGGGUGGGGAGGACUGGGAGCUGUUGGACAGGAUCCUCCAAGCAGGCCUGGAAGUGGAGCGUCUCUCCCUCCGGAAUUUCUUCCAUCACUUCCAUUCCAAGCGAGGCAUGUGGAACCGCCGCCAGAUGAAGACGCCAUAAGCCCCAGGGGUGGCCCGCUGGACCCACCGCUUCCGGCCCCUGCACCACGGUGGCCUGGCCAGUACCCACUUGCUGCCGGAGGGGGAGAGGGAGGGGAGCAGGGGCCGCGCUGGGCCCGAGGGGCCUCCGAGCCGACACCCCCUGUGCCAGCAGCCGUCCUCCGUGGGAGGAGGCCAAGGCCCCUCCCCGCCUCUGGGCCUCCGGGG